AUGGCAUGGCAGAGGAACUCCUGGUCCGCGAACAACUUAUUGAUGCUGGCGCUUGCUAGUGCUAGGGCGUAUCAACAACCAAUGAAAAUGUGCCAAAAGAGAGGACCGGAGUUGCGGCAGUACAAAGCCGGGGAUUCGCUGAGGUUGGGAUUGUGUCUUACCUUCAAAGAGGAUAACCUGCGUCUCGGGACAUUGUUCAAGGAUCUCAUUCAAGACCCGGAGAGAGAUAUAUACCGGGUUGGGACAUGCCAACAAGCCUUCUCCGACGUCAACAUCCAGAGAGGAGAGUACAUAUACUUUGAGUUCUGCGAAGACCCAAGGAAGCUCUUCCAUGUCAUCUACAAUAUGUGCGCAGUGUUCAGUUGCAAUCCUGAGAUAUUACCAAGGGAUGCCAGGCUCGCAGCCAUGGGUAUACUCUUCAAUGGCACCCGAGAGCAGUUUGACGAUGCUGGUCGCGUAGCGCCAAAGCACUUUACUGAUGUGCGUGAUUGUGGCCUGAUGUUUUAUAACUCGGCAGAGAUACCUGUGUACCUGUGCUACGUUCCAUCUGCAAAGCUAAAAGCUCCACGUACUGCACGUACGGCCGGAGACAGUAUCAUCAUGAGCCAGGCAAGCACACAACACAAACCUUCCAUAGCCGAGCUCAAGCAAGCCGAAAGCAGCGAUAAGCAUGGCACGAACUCCAGGAUCUCUGAGUACAACAAAGAGCAACAAGUGACAAAGUACCUACUGUUUGGACCGGAGCAGGCGCGGCAAUACAAAGCCGGGGAUGUGCUGAGGUUGGGAAUGUGUCUUACCUUCAAAGAGGAUAACCUGCGUCUCGGGACAUUCUUCAAGGAUGUCAUUCAAGACCCAGAGAGAGAUAUAUACCGGGUUGGGACAUGCCAACAAGCCUUCUCCGACGUCAACAUCCAGAGAGGAGAGUACAUAUACUUUGAGUUCUGCGAAGACCCAAGGAAGCUCUUCCAUGUCAUCUACAAUAUGUCCAUAGCAUUCAAUGCCAAAGCUGACAUACUAGGAAAGGAUGCCAGGCUCGCAGCCAUGGGUAUACUCUUCAAUGGCACCCGAGAGCAGUUUGACGAUGCUGGUCGCGUAGCGACCCAGUUCUUUACUGAUGUGCGUGAUUGUGGCCUGAUGUUUUAUAACUCGGCAGAGAUACCUGUGUACCUGUGCUACGUUCCAUCUGCAAAGCUAAAAGCUCCACGUACUGCACGUACGGCCGGAGACAGUAUCAUCAUGAGCCAGGCAAGCACACAACACAAACCUUCCAUAGCCGAGCUCAAGCAAGCCGAAAGCAGCGAUAAGCAUGGCACGAACUCCAGGAUCUCUGAGUACAACAAAGAGCAACAAGUGACAAAGUACCUACUGUUUGGACCGGAGCAGGCGCGGCAAUACAAAGCCGGGGAUGUGCUGAGGUUGGGAUUGUGUCUUACCUUCAAAGAGGAUAACCUGCGUCUCGGGACAUUGUUCAAGGAUGUCAUUCAAGACCCGGAGAGAGAUAUAUACCGGGUUGGGACAUGCCAACAAGCCUUCUCCGACGUCAACAUCCAGAGAGGAGAGUACAUAUACUUUGAGUUCUGCGAAGACCCAAGGAAGCUCUUCCAUGUCAUCUACAAUAUGUCCAUAGCAUUCAAUGCCAAAGCUGACAUACUAGGAAAGGAUGCCAGGCUCGCAGCCAUGGGUAUACUCUUCAAUGGCACCCGAGAGCAGUUUGACGAUGCUGGUCGCGUAGCGACCCAGUUCUUUACUGAUGCGCGUGAUUGUGGCCUGAUGGUUUGUGACUCGGCAGAGAUACCUGUGUACCUGUGCUACGUUCCAUCUGCAAAGCUAAAAGCUCCACGUACUGCACGAGAAGCCGGAGACAGUGCCAUCAUCAACCCAGACAACCAGGCGACAAAGAACUAA